UGCGUAGGACGCAUUCACAGAAAUCGCCACACUCUGAGCACUAAGCGCUCUACUUGGAAGACAAGUGUGCAGAUUGGAGCGCGCCCGCAGUCUUCCAACGGCACAUGGUUUUUGAGAAAUGCUUUAGUAUGGAAAUUUGAAUUCAAGAAGGGCUAGAAGAAUGAUGCGCGGCUUCUGCAGCAGCUGCUCUCAGAUGUGCUUUGGGGCACCGUGGCUUGGCUCGGCCCUGUCUGUGGUCUGGAUCGUUUAUUUAUUGUUUUGUUUUUGUUGUCUAUGGAUGCAACUCAGCAAAAGAUGACAAACAAAAACCACUCAUUGUCAUUAUAUUGAGGUUUUAUUGCUUUAUAUGUUUUAUUACUAACACUAGACCUGCAUUUUAGAUAAUCUAGUUAACUGCUUCGGUUCUGGCAAUAAACGUGAAUAAAUGAAGCUGCACAGCCGAGCGAAGUAGUUUCCGGUAAGUCGUGACUUCGCUUCCGUUCAAAUGGCCGCCAAAACAAUGGCCGGAAUGUUGAGUUUUACCACCAAGAAAAACAGUUUUAUUUAUUAUUUCUACAUGUAACAUUAUAGACGAUACACCACUUCGGGGUGGGCUGGGUAGUGCUGGACAUGCCGUGAGCGGCAGGGCUGAAGAUUACAGCUGUGGUGUUUUAACUGCGUUAGUUACCUUAUCGCCGGACCUGCCAGUCGCGUUAGCUUAGCUGGAGUUUACACCGAGGCCGAGUCUGUCCGCCUAUCCUACAUCCUCAAAUGAAGCAGAGCCGCAUUCUCAACCGCUUACUGGGCAGCCGUUAGUGUGUGCGAGCUGCCUGGGAUGCAGUGAGCAGCAGGGAAGCCUCUUUCGUCUUACGAUAUGGACGCCUAGCCGCUGAGCUCCGUUAUGGCCUGUGGUUCGGGAAGCAGCCCCGUUAGUACCGCAGCGGUGCUGCCUGUCGCCCCGCCGUCAGACGAGGCCAUGAAGCCGGUUCUCUUUGAGAUCUUCGGCGAAAUGUGGAAGGUACAGGCCCGCCUAGGGCAGGGGGGUUCGGCCUCAGUGUACAGGGUCAGUUCGGUCAGCUCGGGCAGAGCCAGCUCGGCCGCCGUGAAGGAGUUCCAGGCGGACGCACAGGGCGGGGAUUACGGGUAUCUGAAGGAGAGAGCCGUGCUGGAGGAUAUCCAGGGACACAAAAAUAUCGUGACCCUGUAUGGAGUGUUCACCCACCAUAACCCAGUGGGCAUAGCCACACGCUGCUUACUGCUUGAGCUUCUGGAUGUGAGCGUGUCAGAAUUGUUGGUCAGAGCCAGCAACCAGGGCCACUCCAUGUGGCUGAUCCAGCACUGCGCCCGUGACGUGCUCGAGGCUCUGUGCUUUCUGCAUAGAGAGGGCUAUGUGCACGCAGACCUCAAGCCCCGCAACAUCCUCUGGAGCCCAGACGAUGAGUGUUUUAAGCUCAUUGACUUUGGGCUGAGCUUCAAAGAGGGGCAUCAGGAUGUGAAGUACAUCCAGACUGAUGGGUACCGGGCCCCAGAGGCAGAGCUGCAGAAUUCACUGGCCAAGGCAGGACUGGAGGGAAACUCAGGCUGCACUACCGCUGUGGACUUGUGGAGCUUGGGCAUCAUUCUGCUGGAAAUGUUCUCAGGAAUCAAACUGAAAGAAACCAUCAAGUCUCAGGAAUGGAAGAAUAACAGUGCAGCAAUUGUUGAUCAUAUCUUUUCAAGCAAUUCUGUGGUGUACCCUGCUAUUCCUGUCUAUCAUCUGAGAGAUCUUAUUAAAAGCAUGCUUCACAACAACCCCAAUCGCAGGAGCACGGCUGAAGCCGCACUGAUCAGUCCCUUCUUCAGUAUUCCUUUUGCACCGCACAUUGAAGACUUGGUUAUGCUCCCGACACCCAUCCUUAGACUGCUCAACGUAAUUGAUGACUGUCAUUUGCACAAUGAUGAUGAAUACGAAGAAAUUAUGGAAGACAUGAGGGAAGAAUGCCAGAAAUAUGGUUCAGUCAUAUCCCUGUUGAUUCCAAAAGAAAAUCCUGGCAAAGGCCAGGUCUUUGUAGAGUAUGCAAAUGCUGGAGACUCCAAAGAAGCCCAGAGGCUGCUGACAGGCCGGACAUUUGAUGGCAAGUUUGUGGUGGCCACCUUCUACCCACUGAGUGCCUAUAAGAGAGGUUAUCUGUAUCAAACUGUGCAGUAAGGGGCUACAUGCACGUAAUCACAUGCAUUCAUGCAAUCUAUUCCAUUAUGACAGUUGCUUAGCAGUGGUUAAGCCCAUACUAUGUCUACUUGGAUAAUCAUUUGUACUACAUGGAAUGUUUACCUUUAAAAACAUAGCAUUAUGAAAGGCACAUACAAAUACGUAGCGUGAAGACCAGUACCCGAUUCUAUGUCUUUAGUACUUAAAGGUUACCUGGGGCUUGCUCACAUCAUGCAAUAAUGACUGACUGUAAUGUCAUUUUUAGUCAUAUCACAAAGUCCUUAAAAAAAAAAAACAAAAUGUGACUGACAGUUUUCAGUGAUCCAAUACUGCUUCAAUAUGUGCUUUCCUGCUGUGUGAAGCACAAUAUAGUCAAUAGUUUAUGUAUUAUUGAGUAUGUAGGUUUGCUGCUUGGAUUUUUGAAAACUGUUGAUCACUUUAUACCAUGUUUACUCAUGUCAUAUAUGUUUGAUUACUUAAAAUCUAUAGGUCUUUCCAGUGUGCACAUAUAUUUAUGAAUUAUUGGCAAAACACACUGCCUUGCUUGCACUUUGGAGUGGUUACAUGUCUUAUAAAGAGCUUUGAAACUACAUUAGAUUAAAAUCAGACUCUGAGCACAAACAACCUUUUGAAAGGUAAAAGGUAGUCAUAUUGAUUUUUGAGUUUACUGGUGGUUUGAAAACUUUUGUAAAGUGCAGAAACUGCAGCACGUGUUUAUGCUAUGUCUAGCUCAAAAUCUUUUAAAAACUCUUUCCUAAGUUUCUGCAGGGUGAUAGCUUUUUACUGUAGAAGUUGAUUUUCUAAUGUAUGGUGUCUGUUUGAAUGCUAAUUUGUUCAGAAACACUUUGAACAUGGUGGUACAGAAUUCUUAGGGCCAGUUUCCCCACACCAAGAUUAAGCCUAAGCAAGGACUAAACAGUAUUUUUAGUAUUGCAGUUUAGUCCAAGACUGGGCUUAAUCCAUGACCCUUACUGUUUUUUCUUUCAGUUUUUGCAAAUGGAGAUUCCAUAUAAUAUAAUUGCUGGAUGGUGUUGGGAAAGAUAAAGGAAAUAGUUAAGCUUGCCUCUUGCAUUGAUUAGACUGCAACUGUGAAUAGCCUACUACCUUGACUCAUGGAUUUAUUAUGCUGUCUUUAUACAAGCUUGUCAGUUUUGCGCUCUCAUCUUGAAGCACAUUGUGCAUUCUGCUGUAUUCAUAAUUAACAGUAGCACACAGUAGUUUUUUGUUUUGUUUUAAGCUAUUAGUCACCUUUAUGAAAUGGCUAAUACUCUGUCGGUAUAUUGUUUCUCAGUAUUGUUUAUAGGCUGAAUUACAAAUUAUGCCACUGGCCUUUUGGUAUUUGUCACAAGGCCAGUGGUUUUAUCUUGAUUUCAUUACCUUUGUGUUUUUCCACUUAAAAUAGUAAUGGUACUUGAAUUAGCCUAACAUUUGUUAAAGCUGCAGUUAGGGAAUUUACAAAAAAAAGGUGAUGACCCCAGUCCAGGAUUAAAGAAGAAAAAUAAAUCUCUAGCAUGAGAUUGAUAUUUACUUCUUAAAGAUCAAAAGAUGAUUAGAGUGUGCGAUGUUAGAUUCAGCAGUCAGUGACCAUAGGAACCAUAUUUUAAAGCUGUAAAUGAUUUAUUUAAAGAAAUACGAAGCUAUUUUGAUGACCACUGGUAUGUGAGGAAAGAUUUAUUACAAACCUAAUUCUGUUGCCUUCGAGAAUAGAAAAAUACCAUACAUUUGAUACAAACAAAAAUAGCUUUACAAAUUCCUGAUUGUGAUUUUCUUGCUGUGCAGUAACUGUUUAAUAGUUUGCCUGCACGUUUCCGUUUUAGAAACUAUAGAAGCUCUCUAAUCAGUAAGUAUAUGCAUUUGAAUCUGAUCAUUAGUGUUUACAGACACUUUCUGGUUGAGAUGAGCUUUUUUUUUUUUUUUUUUUUUUUUUGGUCUUGUCUUCCGAGCUUUCAAUUAUCCUGAGCCGCCAUCCAAAAUGCAAAGCUGUUCCUUCUUCUGUCUUUUGCAUUAUAGAAAUGUAAGUGUACAAGACAGUGUGAAAAGUGGGUUUAAGACAGUUUUUUUUUUUUUUUUUUUUUUUUGUGGAUGCAAAAGUUUGUAAGAGUGUUGAAGUUUAGAUUUUGCACAUUUACUACUGAUUUACGCUCUUCAUUUUAGUUUGUUAAUGAGCUCUCUGUUGAAUUUGACAGGGUACAGCUAGAUUUUCUUUAAAAGGACAUUUGUUAAGGUGUUUAAGCUUUUUAUGAGCGUGUGUGAAAGUCUGUGUGCAGUGAAUGUUGGCUGUGCUCAUUGAUUACCAACAUUCUGAUCAGAGGUUCUGAACUGAAGGUACUGGUUAUGAUAGAAGGUAAUACAUAAAGCUGGUGUUGCUGGGUCUUUCAGUCUAUGUUUUUAUCUCUUCAGAUUGAGUAUGGAGAUAAAUGAGUAGGGUCUUGUAUAGGUCAGAAUUAUCUUGUUCAUAAACACCUUUAAAAUAUUAUGUUUAAAGAGCUAUUUAUCAUUGGCAGUUAUUAUUUUAAUUUUUUUGCUGUUAUAAGAAUGAGUAAAAGGGCUUGAGCUACUGAGUGUCAGUGCCAGAUUAUCAGAUAAGCUUUCUGCAUGAAGAGAGAGCGUCCAUUACGCAAAUAGAACAAUUGUUCCAAAUUAAUUCCUUGGUGGCCUGGAUAGAAAUGAACUGAAAUGACUCUAAUAAGACAGUGAAAUUCUCUGUUCCAUACUCUCUCCUGAACAAGUUACAGGAGACCUACAAUUUACAGUAAGCACAUACAAAGUACUGAAAAUACCAUGCAUUUAUUUCAGACAACAGUACCUCAAGAUACAAGUUGAUGAUUAUUAUUCUGAAUCAUCUUUCAGAGUGAGCUCAUGUGUUGGAAUGGUACAUUAAACCUUAAAUCUAGAAUGAGAUUUGUGAAGAUGCAGCUGUGUACUGCCUGUGAUCUCAACCAUUUCUGAAUUGCAGGGUUAGUCAAGUGAACACAUAUUUGCAUAAAAGUGGUAAAACCAGAUUCGCUUAGAUUCCUGAAUGACUUCUGAGGAUGAUGCAAUGAAAAAAAAAAGAAAUUUCAUCAUAGACUAUUUUUACACCCAACUCCAGAUGGCAGAUCCCCUCUCUUUGUAACACUGUAAACAGUGCUAUCUAGUAACUAGUGUAUUAGAAGAGCCAUGAUUUCUGUGUCUGCUUGUGUGUCUCCUGUCACUGAGAGUUACCUGUGUAACCUAGCAGGCCUCUAGAAUUUCAUGCCUCUCUAUUCAGUUUCUUUUCAGCAGCCGUGCUCGUUUGAGUCAGUUAUUUGGGUCUUAUCUAGAAGGGUGAGUAGGAUAUGAUGCAGUAAACCAUGUUAGACAAACCUGCCUUGAUAGGCUUGUUCCAUUCCGCAUGUAUUAGUUCACUCAGGACACUACUAAACUAGUUUUAUGACACUGAUGUAAUGGUGCAGAAAGUAUGCAGAGAAAUUUACAAAAGAACCUUGUCUUGCCCAAGAGAAUGGCUGACUGAAAAUGAUUCCCUCAGAAGAGUUGCUUUUUCCUCUUUUGUCUUUAUCUACUGCCAGAGUCUGGGGGCUUUCGGAAUCAAAAUGCACAAAAGUAAGCCCCCUCGUCUUCUCAGAGAAAUUGUUACAGCACAUUGUGUAAAAUUGUGACGUUAACAACAAUGAAAGUGCCAACAAUCAGAGCUAAACUGAUGGUUCAGAGUCAAACCAUAGAAGCAAAAAUGACCCAAGGCUACACUGUGGAUUUAUUUACAUCUUUAUUUACUCGCUUUUUAUUUACUUUGUGAACUGUUGCCUGCUGAGCUGGAGAUGCAGCUGCUGUGGAAUACUAAACCUGGCUGAAUGACAACAUCCUGAGUGGAGAGAGAGGGUGAUAGGGUUGUACUGGUCUUUGUGUUAAGUCUUGUGCAAGAGAGCAGCUUUUUGAAGGGAAAAGCCAUGGAGUGUGGACAAACACCCAGCCGUGGGAGCAGAAUGCCCUUUACUGCUUGAUCUCUUUAGAAAGGUUGCUGAACGAAGCUGCCAGCUCAAAUGCAAUUUUGGUUUGGCAGCAGCUUUUCACCCCCACCUCUCUCACCUUCUGGCUUUGCUGCUCAGCAAUGAAGUGUAGCGAUUGCCUCUAUUCCAAACUUGUUUCGAAGUUGUUUCGGGUGCAACAUUGGAAGUAACCUAAUUCAGAAAGGUUUGUCUUUUAAAUUUCUAAACUUUACAGAGUGGGCAGAAAGGCACUCAUAGCAAAAUGUAAUUGAGUAUGAAUUAGCUUCUUGGGCAGAGGCUCACUGGAUCUCGCACUGAUAAUGAUGGUCACACUGACCUGCUCAGGAUGUUUUAGGUGUGGAUUUAUGCUGAUGGGAAGCUUAUAGGUGCUGUAAAAAAUAGGUAUGUGUGAAUAAAUCUUACAGAGCAAAGAAGUUUUGCUUCUAUUAAACAUUACUCAUAGCGUUAGUGAAAUAUGUAGGCCUUGAUUACACUAUAAUUAUCAACCAAAUAUCUGUAGAGAGUAAAGAGCUGGAGAACAGGAUGUUUGUAUGAUUACAGAAAUGAGAGCUGAUUAGGUUGGAAUUACGAGACAGAAGCCCAUUGUGGUGUACAUACUGCUUUGUUACAGAGGCAUUAAAUGAUGUGGGAUUCUGGCUUUCUGAAUGAAUUAGGUUGAUAUCUCAGUUUUUCAGUGGUUGAUCAGGCAGUGAACAGUGUUAACAGAUUUACAUGUUAUUUUAUAUAUAUAUAUAGUUACAAUUUGCAGUGCUGCUCAAGUUAGAGACCACCCUUUAUUAGUUUAAUAUGCUGUCAAAAUAGACUGGAUUACAUGCAAGUUCAUACAUUUUUAGAAUUGGGGGGGGGGGGGGGGGGG